AGUCUGAGUCAUUGCUGGGGAAGUAAAGAUGAGCUUGUUACUAAGAAGGAGAAUCUAUGGAAGAUGUGUGAUGGCUUGCCUGUCUCGGCGCUCCCCCACACAUUCCGAGAUGCAGUCAUUAUUACGAGACGGUUGGGAUACCGUUACCUCUGCAAGAUUGCCUUUGCAUUUAUUAUGGUCGAUCCCGAAUGA